AUGGCAAUAUCUCCGCGCACAAUUCUUUGCGAUCGGCCUUUCAUUACAUAUCCAACACGAGAUCGUCUCUAUGGUCUUUGCUGGCGACCAGAUGUUAGUUCAAUGCGAAUUGCUGCCUCUACUUUUAUUCCAGGCGAAUAUGCCAACAAGAUUGAGAUCUUCCAUCCCACAGCGAAUCAAAAGGAAGUCGUCUCUGCAUUAGAGAUUGACCAUCCAUACCCACCUACUAAAAUUAUGUGGUCACCAGCUUCGUUAGGUGCGCAUGUCGAGUUGUUGGCUACAACAGCGGAUUUCUUGCGACUCUGGACGAUAACAGACUCGUCUAUUGAGCUGCACUCGAGGUUCAUGGAGAAGAAAAAUAAAAAUGAUGUUUGUGCACCGCUCACUAGCUUCGAUUGGAAUGAACUCGAGCCCAACGUCAUUGGAACAUCAAGUACUGGAAAAACAUGCACUAUUUGGGAUAUCAAUCAACCAACGUUACCAAUGCAUCAAAUUACUGCCCACGAUACUGAUGUGUACGACACCGCGUUCUCAAGUAGCGACCCAAAGAAGUUUGCUUCUGUUGGUGGUGAAGGAUCCCUGCGAUUAUUUGAUUUGAGAUCCUUGGAGUCCAGUACGAUCGUCUAUGUAUCACCGGACAAAACACCUUUACUCAGGUUAGCUUGGAACAAACGUGAUGACCGAUUCAUUGCAACUUUCGCCGACGACAGCACUAAGAUUUCCGUGAUCGACCUUCGUCGUCCCAUCUUUCCUAUGGUAGUGCUGGACCAGCAUAAAGCGGGAGUCAAUUCGAUGUCAUGGUCACCACACUCAAGAUACGAUCUAUGUAGUGCUGGUGAAGACAACGCUGCGAUCGUUUAUGACAUCUGCGCUCAGAUGAUGAGGUCCGGCGAUGACGUAGAGGGCAUCUGCUACACCUUACUGAAAUCUGACGAGCCCAUUAACCAAAUUCGGUGGUCGCCUACGGAACCAAACUGUAUCGCGUUAUGCGACGAAAAGGCGUUACACGUCAUCCGAAUGUAA